AUGCCAGUUGCUACGCGGCAGUUUGUGGCGCUCCUUGGAGUAGCCAUUAUUGCCUCUUUACUCUACUUCUACUUCAUGAAGGCGACUUCGUCGCGUAGCUCGGUCUCUAACUAUAUGGGUCCUCUGGCUAUUAAAGUUUCUGUCCUGGAAGACGUAGAGACUCAGACCGAUAAGGCAGUCACCUCUCCUUGCACCGAACUCGAUGAGAAGACUACAUAUCAAUACAUUAAAAGCGUUGACGUAUUGUCUCUCGAAGUCGCUUUGAGCUCUGAGCAGUCCGCCGUCGACAACGAUAACUUAACCUUGAACGCGUUUGCCAUCAACGCGACGGUGCCUGCAACUCCCGCGGUCCCAACCUCUCUGACCUGCACAGUUAUCCCCUCUCUAUCGUCCAAGCGGUGUCAGUCAACCACAAUGCCUAUUGAAAGAAUUUCCUGCAAUUCCCCACCAAAGUUCCGUCGAAACCCAAGCCCCUGCCCGAGCCCUCUAGUACCAAAGUGGAACCGACGCCGCCGGGCGAUUGUUUACGCCCCAAUGACACCCGAACGCAGCCCCCGGAAAUGGCGACGCCUCAACUCCAAUCGAAUCUACCGACACUCGAGCAACGCCGUUUACGACCUCUUCUACUAUGGCACCGUUCAUCAUCCUCGGGUCGUCCGCCUCAACCCGUCUGCGCGUCGGGUGGUCGACUCACCGCCGGAUCCCGCUUUGAUCGAGAUGUUCAUGAGCUUCCGCAAAGCUGCCAAAGCUGAAGGUCGGGACUUUAUCCUGCCCAAGCCGAGAGUGUAA